AUGACAGAUGAUUUCUUUAACCUUGAUUUUGAAGUGAUUGCUAUUAAUCAUGUAAAUAUCAAUUCAAUAGUAAUAGAGAUAGUGGCAUGUCAUCUAAUAAUACUCAUUAAAAUAAAGUAAAGAUAAAGAAGAAAAAAAAUCAACAAAAAAUACUAACCAAUCAAUGAAUAACAAUCUUGUAUAUUGAUAUGAAGAUAAUCAAGAAUAAUAUAAGAAAAUUACAAAGUAUAUUAUUAAUUUAUUUAAGGAAACUGAGAGAAUAAGCUAAUAGAGUUAGAGGAAGGUAAAAGAAUUAUGGACAAUAUAUGGAAUUGUAACUAUUUGAUAAGAAAAAAGAGAUAACUUUAAAUGUAAUUGCUAAAUUGUAAGCUGUUCUAAAACAAUAGGUUGAAUUUAUGUAAAAUUAUGUCAUCACAAACACAUCAGAGUGAUAAAACUUUACAAAGAGACUCUCCUAAAAAUAGUUAUUUAUCUACUUUGACUGCCUUCUCAAUUAUAUUAGGUUUUGCACUUCUAAAUGGAGUAGGAUUAGAGAAUUAAUAAAUGAUCCAAUCAUUUCAAUUCCAAUCACAGCCACUCAUUCUAUUAAACCCUUUUAUUUGGUUCACCCAUAGCUCUUUGGCUUGUGUAUACUCUCUAUCUUGUCCAUAAAGUGUUUUUAAAAAGUAAAUUAAAAAAGAAAAAUGUUAUUUGAUUAUUUUAUAAUAUACACACAUGAAUUUGAUCGAAAAUAAUUACGUUCAUAAUAUGCUAUUUUUACAUGGGUUGAUAAAUAUAUUUUCAAUUCGGAAAAUAGGAUUUAUUGUGAACAAUUACGAAAUCUUAUAUCAAGCAUUUGAUAAUGUACCUGACGCUAAAUAUUAUUAAUUUGUAAAAAAUAGAAAAGAAAAUAUGAUCAGGCUUUUCGUUCUAAAUUUAAUCAUCUCAAUUAUUACUCGGUACAUUUAUAACAGAUAUUUACAAUGAUUUUAUAAAUUUUUAUCACCAUCCUAACAAUAACAAUAGAACAUCAACAUUCAUAGGAGCAUGUGAGAAUCUAAUCUCUAGUUGUCAUAGAGGAUAUAUAAAAAAAUUAAAGAAAAAGACAUAUACGAAGUCUUUAAUUAGUAAUUUGCUUAGCAUAACUUUUAAAAAUUAAAAAUAUUAUUCUCUGUCAUUAUCAAGGAUUUAAUUAACAUUAAUUAAAAGAAUAUAAAUUUUUUUCAUCUUUUUUUAGAGAAAUUUAUUUUGAUUCUAAGGAUAUAUUUGAAAAAUUAUCUUAGCCUUAUAAUCUUGAUAAAAGGAUGGAACAUCUCAAUUUUGUAAUACAAUUACUAGUGCUUCUGUAUUUUCAAAAAUUGCAUAUAAUUUUUGUUCAAGUGGUAAUAAUGGAAUACUUUAUUAAUUCCUAUGGGAUUAAGAUGUUCCUCAUCCAUGUUUUAAAUUAUAAUCGUACCAUACCCAAUAUCCAAAAGAGGAAGAAGUACGAAACCAAUAGCAUUUAAGUAGAACCCACUACAAUCUAUAGGGUUGCGAUUUAACAAGGAAAAAUAACUUUCAAUGUUGGGAAAGAUUUAUUGAGACAAAAAUAAUGAGGAAAAAAUUAAACUGAAGAUUGAAGCUCUAGUAAAUUUUUAAAGUAAAAGAACUUUUGAUUUGGUAUCAAUUUUUGCUAGAGAAUUUGAUGAUUAAGAAAUAUGGAUGAAAUUCUCUUUAGGAUUGAAAAUGAAUUAGUGAAUAUGAUUGGAUAGAUUCAAAUUUAAUUAACUAAAAUUCUGUCAUUCUAAUUAUACUGAUGUUUUGUAUCAAAUUGAAAAGCUCACUAAAACAUAUACCUAAGUUAUUAAGAUUGAAUUUUAACAUUAAAAUCCCUAAGAAUUGUUUUAAUUGAUCAAAGAACUUAUAGAAAAAGUCAUUACAUACUUUAGACAAAAUAUCUGGACUUUGAUCUAAAGGGAAUUAUAUAAAUUGAAUUUUGGAAAGAAUAUUUAGAAAAUUUACAAGCAAAAUUGAAAAGAAAAAAUCUUAAAACUCAACAAUUACAGCUCCCAAUAGUUAGAAAGUAGACCCAUCUUCUUUGUAAUCUUCACAUGUUUAAAAGGGUAAUACUGCAGGAUUAUCCUAUUAAUAACUUAAAGCAUAGAAGAUUACUUCUUUGCAAUAAGUUUAACAUAAGAAUGGUAAUUUUGUAUAUGAAGCAACUCUUUAAGAUGGGAAUAAAUUGUUGA